AAAUGGUUCAUCAUCAUCAAGAUGAAUGUAGCACGUGACUAUUGAGGAACAGACAGACGUGUAACCACACGAAGACAACUUGAGUAGUUCUUUUGACUAAAAGACAGAACAGUUUCAUUUUUGACUUGCUCCAUUAUCUCAUACGAUUGAAAAAAUGAUCUGCAUACUUAUUUUCUUCUGUUUAUGGCAUCUGGUUGGUUCAGUAACAGACAGAAUGAAGAUGUCCGUGAUGGAGGGAGAUGCUGUUACUCUUCACACUGAUGUUACUGAUAUACCCAGACAAACUAUAAAUUACAUACAGUGGAGGUUUGGACCUGACAAAAAAACAUUUAUUGUCAUUCAGUUUAAUAAGGGGGCACCUGUUAUUAAUUAUUUGAAUGCAGAGAUAUUCAGAAACAGACUACAGAUCGACAAUCAGACUGGAUCUCUGACCAUCAGGAAUAUCAGAACAACAGACUCUGGACUUUAUCAAAUGAUAAAAUACAAACCUUUCUACUUCAAUGUUAUGGUCUAUGCUCGUCUGGCCAUUCCUGACAUUACUAGGGACACUUCAAACUGUUCAUCAUCAGGAUCAUUAGGUCAGAAUUGUUCACUGCUGUGUUCAGUGGUGAAUGUGAGUGCUGUGACUCUCUCCUGGUACAAAGGAAACAGUUUAUUGUCCAGCAUCAAUGUGUCUGAUCUCAGCAUCAGUCUCUCUCUUCCUCUGGAGGUGGAAUAUCAGGAGAACAACAGCUACAGCUGUGUGAUCAACAAUCCCAUCACAAACCAGACCACACAUCUCAACAUCACUCAACUCUGCCACACAUGUGCAGACUCUGUCAACUGUUGCGGUUUCACUGAAGUUGUGAUUCGAUUGGUCAGCUCUGCUGUGGUGGGCGUGGCUAUUGUUGCCAUAGUGAUUUAUGACAUAAAAUCCAGAAGAGCUAAGUUCCUGAAUGAUGGUCGUGAAAAUCCUGGAAAUAGAGAAUUUAACAGUCAAUGGACAGGAAACGAAUACAAUCUUGAUGAAAUUUGAAUAUUGAUAUAUUCAGCUGUAAAAUAUUUCUUUAAAUAAGUAAGAACAUUUCUCUUGAUUACCACUUCAAUUCUGUUGGAACUAAACUCUGCAGGACAUCGGCACUCCAGGACCGAAUUUGUAUACCCCUUGCUAUUACAUGGCAGCUCCUUAUAAUUCUACAACAUUAUAAAAAAAUAAAAAUAAUAAUAAUAAUAUAACAAAAAACUUUCAACUCUGUUACCAUACCAUACUUUGUCUUUAAAUUGGUGAAUUAUCUCCCACAAUAUGUAAGAUACAGGAAAUGAUGUCACUUUUUCUUCACUGUUAAGAUCUGAAACACUGAAUGUGCUCUCAUGAAGAAAAUAUUUUAAUCUAAAAGUGACCAACGAAUUGGGAUCUCGCUUAUGCCCCAUCCACAUGGAGACGCAUUUCGCUGUAAACACAUACAUUUUGUGUCGUAUAGGCGUUUCAUCCACACGGAUCUGCCGUUUUGGGAGAGUGAAACCGAUAUUCUUUUAAACCGGAUCCCAGAGUGGAUAAAUUUGAAAACGCCACCUUUGCGUUUGGACAGCGAAUCCAUAUAUUUUAUGAAACAAUGACAUCAUUGUCCCAUGUCUCGCCCCUGGUCAGACACCGCAACGUCAUGUAACAGAAACAAAUGCAUGAAAAAAAAUACUGUACAUUAACACAAAAAAAGAUUGGAUAGGGAAAGUUGUGGCUUCGUGUGGACGUAGCCUUAGAGAGACCAAUCUACUUUGAGUGUAACCUAAAUGAGCCAAUCCACAUUGGCAUGCAAUUAUUGCAUCCAGCUGCCGUUGAUCACAGCGUGAGCAUAAAAAGGCAUCAGGUACAACGCAAAUUAGCUUUUCAAUUGGGGCCCGAGAGACAACAUCGUUGUAAAGAUGACGGAUCAUCUUUUUAAACAUGCCAUUACCCGUACGUUUCUGGAUGCAGUCAUUACCUAAUGCCGGGUGAUAGACACGAUCGCUGGGUCAUGUGUCUGAGCAUUAAACACACUAAGGUGGUGUUAGCGGGUGAGUCAUGUUCCCAUUGCAGAAAGGUGACCAUCUCUGAGCUGGGUUUUCCUCCAGGGUGGCAGAGCUCCAUUGCCUCUGCUGCAAUCGAGUGUUCUUCCUAGCGGCUGCCAGAUGAGGGCUAUUUCCAGCAGUAGAUCAUGUUGUUUGAGGUUUAGUGGUGGCAAACCCCUAGGCGAACCAACCAUUUCUUCUCUAGUGCUUCCCUACCUGUUUAGUUACCAAAGGAACGCGCUGGGCCCUAUUCAAAGAGCGUACCAAUGGUAUUCUUGAGUGCUCUUCCCGAUGACCAGAUGUCGAUUACUGCAUCGGAGGCAGAGCUCUCUGGAGAGGAAGAUUCUGCAGUGCUGCUGACCUCCGGGGUGGUGGCAGGGCCUGAAUCGGAUCCGGACCCGGGCUGCCGAGAGGCUGAUUGGUUUCUCAGAGUGCCUCCGUGCCUUUAUUCCUGGAGGUGCAUGAGGAGCUCACCAGCUCAUGGACAGCAACUACUGCCGGAAUCCAAUCUGCUGGGUUCUUCUCCCUCACCACACAUUUGACAGUGGUACAGCUGGGGGGCAAAGGCACCGAAGGAUCUGCACAAGGGUGUCAUGAUCCAGAACCUGACCUCACGUUCCGAGCGAUGUAGAUCACGACAAGUUCUCUGGGUUGUUCGAUUUCCACACUUGUGGUCCAGGAGCGCCAUCUCUGGCUGUGUCUGGUCAAUAUGAGGGAUGGCAACAAAGUUCGGUUUCUUAAAGGCCAUCUUUCAAUUUAAUUGUAUAACUUAAUUUAUACAGAAUCUCGUAUGAAAAUGUUAAUUUAAAAAUGACGUAAAAAUGACGUAAUGACAGGCAAACAUAGGCGCUGCCACCCUGGUUCUCAGUGUGGGUUUAGGUCAUGGGUGCCCAACCCUGCUCCUGGCGAUCGAUUGUCCUGCAAAGUUAGCUCCAAUCCUAGUCAAACACACUUGCCUUUAAUUUUUAAGUGAGCCAGAAGACCUUAAUUAGUUGCUUCAGGUGUGUUUGAUAAGGAUUGGGGUACCCCAGGUUUACGCAGUCUGAGAGGUGGUUACAGAAAAGAGAGUUUGUCAUUAUCACUAUUAUAGUAUGUUUUUGUAUCAAUGACUGUAUUAACAUGAACAACAUAUUCCCAUCCUAACCGGAACACUAACUGCUUUCAUACACAUACUCCGCAGUACAUGCGAGCUCAUUUACGUAAUGUCCGUUGGAAAUACUAAAGGCGGUCUCACACCGGACGAGAAGCGCCGCGUCGUGUCGCGCCACAUGUAAGACAACUCAAGGUAUCGCACACCAGACGCGCACAUUCUAUAUGCGUGAGCUCAAUUUCGCAGCAGGAUGGGAGAGUUUUAACUUCAUCUAUUAUUAUUAUUUUAAAUAUAUGAUUUUAAUUGAUAAAAGCUGAGUUUUGAACGUUAAUUAAUGAAAAGAAUCUGUGUUAUUAUAAUAAGUCUGUUAUUGUUUUGUUGUAUCUGUUGUCUAGGCAACUGUGCAGCUGAAAACGUAACCAAACACUUUGUAAUGUUUUAAUUGAAUGAAACAAGUGUACUGUAUUUUAAUUUCAGUUUCAGUUUAUAACAUCUGGGUUUUUUAAUAUAAAACUAUGCAGAUGGCGCUCUGUGGCGCGGCAGAAAUUUGAACAGCGUUCUGAGUCGUAGCUGCGCUUCUCGUCCGGUGUGCGACCCCCUUAAGAGAGGAGUAGUAUAACAGCAGGCUAAAUUCAGAAUUCCAGCUGGCCUGUUAUGCUGUUCAGAUAUACGGCCCAAACGCUUGACAUCUGCAGAAGCAGAACAUGCGGACACAGGUCUGAAAGCAGUUACUGAUUAAAAAUCAGCUAGCAAUUUCUAAAAGAAAAAAAAUCACGAUAAACUAUGUUGUGCAGAAAUGCACAGCAUUUCCAUCCCUGUCCAGACUAGCAAGCCGUCAUAGAUGUACGCUAUAGCUUACAGCAUUCAUUUAAAAUCUGGGAUCUAAAUUCACAUGUUGCUGGCAUAGAUGGUGACAAUCUACAUGGAUGCUUGAAACAACAGUUUACAGCAAUAUUGCUAAAUAUGAUUUAUUAAAGAUACUGCAAUUUGAUAAACAUGGAGAUAAUGUUAGCCACAAUUAGCUAUAGCCUGUGGUCACUCCACCGAUUCUCCUCACACCACAACUCUAUCUCUCUCCUCUGUCCAUUUACCCUUCCCCUUAACUCUGCCUGACCCCUCUCUUGCCUAGGCGGCUCAUAAUUAUACGGCAAUGGCCCAUUGUAAGAGUUCACAUUAACCCCAACUGCAACCUCUUCACUGUCUGACUCCAUUACGAAGAGAUGAGAUUUACCAGCCGUUGCGUCACUUCCGAUCAGAGCAUUUUUGACAGCGGAAGUAAUUUUACUCACAAUUUCUUUUAAUAAACUUUUUUAAUGCACAUUUAUGAUUAAUUUCUUCAGGCAAAUCAAGUUCCUACACUAUUUAUCUACACAUUCAUUCAUUGAAAGAUGGGCUUUAAUGCCCAUGUGUCCCAGACCGGCCUCUUCCACAACAUAGUAAAGAGCUUGGCCCAGCAGCUCUCGGUUGCACGGAAGUAGACUGAGGCGGUUCAUCACACCCUGCCCCAGCGGGAAGCUGAUGCCUUCACCUGUCUGCCAUUCACAACACCCCAGCCUGCCUGUUGCCAAGGGCCACUGAAAAUAGAAUGAGACCGCAUCGGCACUGGCUUCAUGGCCUCCACCUUCAUAACCCCUGUCUCCACCACUGGCUAGGGGGCCACACACAACAGGCAUGCAGUGUCGGGGGUGUGGACAUGCCCCCAUGUGUACUUUCAUAUCAAUUGCCUAGAGUUGAUAGCAGUGUGCCUUGCCAAAACCGUCUUAAAGGGUGCUUAAGAGGCAAGCACGGAGGUUCUUGUGACUUACCCCAAGAGGUAGUUGACACCAUCACUUUGGCGAGAGCACCGUUUAUGAGAUUUAUGCCUAGAAGUGGAACUUGUUCAUCGAGCGGUGUUCUUUUCAUCGAGAAGACUCCCAGAGAUACUCGAUCAGGGUUGUGUUUUCCUUUACCCUUGUCUAAGUCUUUGUUGCUGCUAACCGUUACCCAGUGGAAGGGAAAGUCGGUAGGUAAGCAUGACCUGGUCAUCAGGUUAAAUCCUCCCUGACUCCCCUACAUACCCUCUUGGGACCUGUCUCCAGUGCUUAAAACACUACAGAAAGGUCCAUUUGAGAAUUUUCAAUCAGUCAAGCUAAAGUUUCUUUCUUUAAAAACUCUGCUACUGCUUACCCUGACCUCCAUCAAGAGGGUAGGGGAUCUGCAUGCAUUUUCUAUAGAUGAGUGUUCAUAGACAGCUUGAGUAGCAAGAUUGUGUUCAGUUUUAACUAUUCCUUCAAUUUUGUAUUUUUUUGGGUAAUAAUAAGAAGCACUUCUUCUGGUACUUAUUGUCGCUGCAGAGUGGCUCGCAGUACCGCAGUUUAGACACAGCCCCUGGUUUCUGUGUCUCUCCUUCUCAAGAAAGGUGAGCUCUGCCCAUCUGCAUGGAUUCAGGAUCGAAGCGACGAUCAGCUGUCUUCUCCACCAUACCUGAGAAUUGGUCAUGACCUUGAACCGCUCUUCCAGACAUCAGUGUGACGAUAAAAGCCACUUUGGAUUCCUCUGUGGGAAAAGAUGAAGGCUGGAGAGCAAUGUGAAGAGAACACAUAGUUAAAAAUGAAUGACAUAACAGGGGCUCACCGGAGGAGACAGUUGGUGAGCAGGUGAGCCAGUGAGCAGGUGAGAAGGUCUCAGCCACACGGAUACUGCGAGGCAGUGACCCGAUCUAACUCCGAUCCAAGGCAGAGGCAAUUUAGGACUCUGAGGACAGGAGAGAAGACGGGACAAACUCAAACAAUGAUCUCACAACAUGCAGUACCAAACACAAGAGAGAUAAAGACAGCAAAAAACAAGUGGCAGGUGCAGCUGUGCUGAUUAACCUGUCAGCCCACGGUUGCUGGUGCAAUGCUGAAUGAGCAAUCAGACAGGUAACGAGAGACAGACGUGCAGAAAUGAACACACAGAUCCAUGAACCGUGAAACAAAGUAUCCUAAAAUGUCUAUUCCCAGCAAUCUGCCUUGGAAUGUAAACAUUUUAAAAACAUUUGACAAUAAUGAACUUUUAAAAAGGUAUACUGCCUUAAUUGCAGGGUUAUUAUGACUGUUGUAGAACUUGUUGGGACCUUUAUCCUUGUUUUCAUUAACAAUUUUGGCAAAAAGUAACGGCUCUUCUUACCUCCAGUUUGGUUUUUCUUUUAUGUUUGCAUGUCUUAAUGUAUAUCAGCCAUGAUUAUUUUUUAAUUAAAAGGCUGUUUAAAUGCAUAUUAUAUGCAUGUUUACUACAAGAUACAUACAUGUAAGACGCUGACAAUUAGCUGAACAUAUACUUGUUUAAUUAGUAACUCUUAGCCCGCAUUUAAAAAUUUGAAUGUGGCAAUUAACAUUUUUAUUUCUGAAACUUAUUUUUAAUAUGGCAGUGCUAUAGAGCAAUAGGGUUGUUGGAACCUGAUAAAAAAAGAGAAGAGAAAGAGAAGAUCUGUAUGUUAAUAUGAGUGAGUGUGUAGUUUAUCGGUGCAGGAAUGCUUUUCAGCUAACUUGAACUUCAACUUACUUCAUAUUUGACUAACUAAACAGCUUUUCUGUGUAAAAUAGACUGUAUCAUCCAAAGCAUCUAUCAUACCUGGAGAAAGCUGUUUGUUCAUCCCAGCAGUAGCUGAAGAAGUACACAUCCGAUUGUGUUGCCAUAUUCCAGUCGUUUGACUCAGUUUUACAGUCAGCUUUUAAAGCCAAUAAUCUGAGACAUAAACUGCUGACGAAUUACCCUGGAACCAACGAGAACUGAAAUGUAACAUGCAGAUGCACAAAUGAAUAAAUAAACAGCUGUUUAAAUAAACCUGGUUAAUAAUAGACAAAAAAAUAAUAAUAAGAAGAAGAAGUUGUGCUGGUAUAGACUAACACAUGACUAAU